AAAUAAAAAAAACCUUAGACUUUCGACCGAAUUUAGUUAUCGGAAAUAGCUCAAAAUUUUAUGUACGACAUCAGAAACAGAGAGCGCAGAGAGUCCGUCUAUAGACAGAGGAAGCCGCACCGGCCGGUAGAUGGAAGCAAGAAACUGCCCGCCGGAGGUCGAUCCGUGCCCCGUGCGACAAUUCCUCGCACGGCAGGCCGAGGUCCAGACCAGUCAGCGCCAGAAUCUGAAGCAUUAUCUGGAGAAGACCAUGUCCGACUUCCCGCCGCCCCCAAUGUCCGCCCAGAACACAACAUCCGCCUCGUCCCCGCCCGGAGGAUCUCGGAUAGGAGAGGGCUGCCAGUGCAACGGGACAAGGCCGAGUUCGAUUCUGGAGCAGCUAGUCGGCGCCGGCGGACGCAAGCAGGAGAAGCGCCUGAUGGUCCCGGACCUGGCCACCGACUGGUUCCGCAAGCAGAAGGUUUUCCUCGACCAGAUCAGCCCUGAGGAGUUGGCCCAGGCCCAGGCCCAGGGCCAGGACAGCUGCUGCUGCCCCGAAGAUGCCGCAGAGGACCGGCUGCCAGAGAGCUGUUGCACCUGCCCGGUCAAGCAACGGAUGCAAUGCCAUCUGAAGGCCAAGCUCGAUUGCGAGUGCAGGAGCAGACGCAGGAGCAGAAGAGAGAAUGCUCCAGCUAGAAGCGAACGGAAGGGCAAGAAAGUGGCCCCCAGUCAGUCUGUCACUCACUGCAAGCCAAAUGUGGCAGGAUGUGGGAAAGAGGGGAGCACGAAAAAGAGAAAGGCCAAGAGCAGGAGCAGGAGCAGGAGCAGGAGUAGAAGCAGGAGCAGGAGCAUGGCCAAAGGCAAAGCCACCAGCAGUGGCAGUAAGGCGAGCAUAGGCAAGAGCCAGGCCAAAGACAGCAGCAAGAACAGCGAGAAACGCAUGGGGGCUGGCGCCCAGAGCCCCAAUCGCCGGCGCAUCGAUCGGCGUAGGAGCUGCAUAUGCCUCCGGCGGAGUCCCUCGUGCCGUUGUCCCUGCCAGAUUCAGUUCCAAGGCGACGGCCAGCCCAUGUCCAGGGAGUGCCAGCUGGCGACGCGGCGCACAGAGCCGCUGAUGCCGUGCCUGCGCAGGAAAUACGAGCUGCAGCAGGCACCGCAGCGGCGACUCGAGCCGCAACACUUUCGCCGCAUCUCGCCGGAGUUCUUCGGUAUACUCCAGAAGUACGAGCAGGCGAUGACCGAGAGCUGCCCGCUCUACGGCAUCUCCAUACGGCACUGGGGCGAGACGGCCCCAGUCUGCACCUGCGACGAGGAUGGCAACCCAGCGAACAGGCAGUGCCUCGGCGAUGAGUCGGUGCACGCAGCGGGUGCCAAGCCGCCCCGUCCGGCCCUGCUCCCCUACGAAUCGGAUGCGAAAAUGGAAGAGGAUCCGAUCUGCACCGAUGCCACCUGUCCUUGCCGAAACAAUGAUCAGUCGGAUCCCACAGCGGAUAGGGACCAGUGCAAGGACCGAGCUGGCCCAGUCAAGUGCCCGGAACCGGAGCCCAGCCAACCGGAGCCGGAACCACAACUGCAGCCUGUAGAGAAGCCCAAGGAGCCCGAGGGGCCGCCCACGAGGAAGCCCAUAUGUUGCCCGAUUGAAUCAGAAUACCCACGGCAGAAGAGACCGAAAAAGGAGCCAGAGAAGAAGAAAAGCGGCUUCAGAUGCUGCCCCUGCUGGUCCAAGGAUCCCCUCAAGGGAGAUGGAUCGACCAUCGACGGUCCUGGAUCGGGAAUAGAAAAGCCACCCAACGAGGAGAAGCCACAAAAAGAGAAGAAAGAAAAGAAAGAGAAAAAGAAAAAGGAAAAGAAAGAACAGAAGCCGCCCAAAGAAAAGAAGGAGAAAAAGGGAAAGAAAUCCAAAAAGGACGACGACGGGAGGCGCAAUCCCUUUGCGCCGCCCUCCUUUUUGGGCGGAUUCGCCUACCUCUGCAGGCGCUGCAUGCGGUCGGGCCGCCAUCUGCUGUACAGCCACAACUCGAGCUACCAGCGCAUCCGUCGCCAGAACCAGGGCUUCCCCAACGGCUGUGGCCCCCCAACCGUGGCUCCACCCCCAGCUCCAGCACUCCGAGCAGUCCCAGCUUUGUACCACAUGAGUGGUGUGUGCCAGCAUCAGCCCGAUGUCUGGCGAUUCGGGGACACGCCAGCGCCCACCCAAGAGGCAGACGACAGAGAGUCAGACACCGCAUCAGCACCAGAAGCACAGCCCGAAUGGGAGGAAUCGGAGCAUGGAGGAGGCUCCCCUCAUGGCGGCAGCAGUACCACCACCUUGAGACCACACCUCAGCAGCGAGAGCUGCAGCCGAGCCCCACCAAAUCCUCUCAACAGCUGUGGCACUUUCUGCACGACGGGACGGACUCAGGCGGGUGCCUGCAACCUCAAGGGUAGCCCGUCAUCGGCCAUCUGGACGCUGCAGAAGCGAAGCUCCAGGCCGGUGAAGCGGAGGUUUGUCAACGAGCGUUUCGGUAAAAGAAGGAUGCCGGAGAGAGCCGAGAGAGCCGGAAGAGACGACAGAAUUGGGAGAACGGAGAGAGCCGAGAGAAACGAGAGAACAGCACAGGCCAAGGAUGCGAAGGAAGCCUCCUCCUCAAGGCUCGAGGACGACGAGGCAUCGUCCUAUGUGGAGGGUUUCUGCCUCAAGGUGAACAAGCAUGGCACACGGGCCUGCUAUCUGGCCAACGACUACAUGCAGCUGAUGAAGAUGGUGGCCAAAAAGCGGGCCCGUUGCGUUUGCCUCAAGACCAAGAAGACCACCUGCCGCCCCAAGCCAGAGCGAGAGCCCAGUCCCAGGGCAACGGCAGCCCGAGGCCGACGAGCUUCGCCCCCGGCGGCCCAGCGCAGCAGCCCGGCUGCCCCUCGCCAAGCCCCCCGGAGUACCGGAGUCCGUUCGCAGUCCGCCGCAAUGGCCAAGAGUCCAAAGCGAAAGAAAACCAAGCCUCCAGGUAACACAGCCACAGCCACAGUCCCAGAUGGCGAUGCUGACACUUACCAGCUCUCGGAUGGGCCAAGCAGCUGUCAAGAUCCGGCUGCGUGUAGUCGCAAGACCGAGAGAAAGAAAGGCCCAACCUCCCUAGGAAUCUGCCCUAGGAAUCAAGCCGUCAAGAAGCGACCUGCCAGAGGCUCAUCGAGUCCCAGUCCCAAUCAGAGUCCCGUUCGAUUGAGCAGGAACGUUGAAAGAACGUCUUCAUCGCCGACACGGAGUGCCAGAUCUUCGGCAUCGAGGAGAGCCCGUGCCACGGAGAGACAGAGGCAGGAGACUGCCAUCUCGAGCAGCGACUUCGAAGAAGUCCCUCGCUCAGAGAAAAUACCAGCACACACGACCCGUGGCCGAAACCCGCCGAGCGGUGCAUCGGAUGGGCCGGAAGCCGCACUCCAAUGCCAUCAAUCCAAUUCGUAUCCGAGUGAAUGCGUGUUUGCAAAAUAUUCCUAUUCCAAUCCUCGUACCGAUGCCAGCCAAGAUCCAACAGAGGCCAGUCCCUGGACGGAAGCGGCCCCCAAACAGGGUAUUUCUGCCAUAAGUUGGGGGGAGCAGGAAUUCCAAAAUUGUCUCGAGGGGUGCCCUGUACGCUGUGCCCAGAAGCAGUACCAGAAGCAGCAGCAGCAGUACCAGAAGCAGCAGCAACAGCAGCCACAGCAGCAGCAGCCACAGCAGCAGCAGCCACAGCAGCAGCAGCAAAAGGAGCGACAGCAGCAGCAGGAGCGACAGCAGCAGCAGGAGCGACAGCAGCAGCAGGCGGCUUCAGCUGCGACGCAGGAUUCUCAGUUUGAUGAGAAUCAGGCUGAACGGUUCCAGGAGAGAGAGCCAGUACAAGAGAGAGCUGCACAAAAUUACGAAGAGGAUCCACCCAGAGGCGAAUGGAUCACACAGGAGAAGCAGCUUCAGCAGCAGCAGCAGCAGCCAGGACUGGUAGAAUGCCGCUGUAACAAGGAUGCCCCGUGCUGGAGAAAUGUGAAGGAGAAGAGGCAGCCCCAGGCCUACCCACAGGCCCAGUUUCAGUCCCAUUCCCCGAUUUACGCACAGAAGGGCGGCUAUGAUCAGGAUGAUGAGCACUCUCAGUGGACAACGACGCUCAACGAGGAGCGGCCCACAACGAGGAAGCAGCUGAAGAGCCUGUCGCGCUCUUGCAAACUUCGAGCACCGAUCGGUGGGCCCCUGCGUUGGAUUGCCAAUGGAUUCACCAGCUCCAAAAGGAGCUCCUGCACCGAGGGAGCUGCCACGGAGAGGGAAAGACCAGCACCAGCAGCAGCAGCAGCAGCAGCACAGUCGCCACAACCGGCAGACGUCAAUCAGCAGAAGCCACGAGCACCCCCCCAUCGACCACCCAGAGAAGUGGGCCGUCGCUACUACUCGGAAACGCAGCCAAAAAUGUGGUGCGAUCAGGUGGCCAGGCUGGACGGCUUGAGCAGCUCUCGGUCGACCCACACGCGGUGCUCGAUACGUGCCCUCCGCUCCAACACGAACACCAUUCAGAGUCCCCUCACGCCGACACCGUCAGUAGCCAGUGUGGAGGAAGUGCCGGAUAGAUGGGGAUUUCUGCAGUCCACGCAGCAGCAGAUGCAGUCCCCUCAGCAGCAGAUGCAGUCCCCGCAGCAGCAGAUGCAGUCCACGCAGCAGCAGAUGCAGUCCCCUCAGCAGCAGAUGCAGUCCCCGCAGCAGCAGAUGCCGUCUCAGAGGCAGCCAGAGACCCCGAUGCAGAUGCAAAUGCAGCCCAGGAUGGAGGCCCAAUAUCCCGACCAGAAGCCCAACGAAAAGAAUCGCUAUAUGCCCCACGAGCACCGCAUGGUGACUGUUGUAGGUCCUGGUCCUGGUUCUGUCAUUGGCUGUGGCUUUUCCCCCAGCAAGAAAAUACCCAAGCUGUUGAGCAGCCAUCCGCUGGAUCUGAAGCACUCGGUCGUCCAACGGCGGGAGGCCAAGAGGCCCAAAUGGAUGUUCCACAAUCAUGCGCCGCUCACGCUGCGCACGUCCCGACCACGGGCAGAUGCCUACUACGAGGAAAAGCUGCGACGGCGUUGCCUCAAGUUCAUUUUGAACCUCGAGCAGGACAAUCCGUCGUCAUUCGCAGCUCAGGGCACGAGCAGGGCGGCGAUGGACCCAGCGGCAGCUCCUGCAGAGCAGACGACCUGGUAUUCCGCCGAGGAGCAAGCGGAGGCGCAGGCGCACGAGCAGGAACACUAUCCAUCCGAGGAGCAGCAACACGAAGAGGAACUGCAACAGGAACAGGAACAGGAGCCAGUGAACGGCUUACCCGAGGACCAGGAGUGGUAUGCAGAACCUGGCUAUGAAGUCGAUGCGGGUCCACAAUGGAGCCACACGCGUCGCUCGGUCUGCGGCAGUGGGAUACGUCCUGAAAAUAACGCUGGAGUGUGGGUCGAGCAUCCACCAGAUCAAUGGCAGUAUCCCGAGUCGUAUCGGUAUGAGGACCGUCCUCCGCAGAGCCCCACAUAUGACCCCUACUACCGUCCUGCCACGGACAACUGGCCGCCACAAGUUCAAGGACAUAAUUGGGAGCCACCUUAUUACCACCAGAUACAGCAGUCGCAGCCGCAGCCUCCACUCCACAUGAAUUAUCAGGAGCCACAGUCUCAGCGACAGCCCCCGUGCCGGAGCCAGAGCCAGCCACAGCCACAGCCACAGUCUGAGCGCCAGCCACGUCCUGAGCGGAGGCCACAGUCUGAGCGCCAGUCACAGCGCAAGGACCAGAGACGUCCUGAGAGGCAGUCACAGCCUGAACGCCAGUCACAGCCUGAACGCCAGUCACAGCCUGAACGCCAGUUACAGCCUGAGCGCCAGUCCUCAGCUCAGCGUCAGACUCAUCCCCAUCGCCAGGCGCAGGCGCAGUCGCAGCAUCAUCAUCCUCAGCCGCAUCUCCAGCGACAGGCCCAACCCCAACCCGACAACAAUCCCAAGCGGCAUUGGCGACUACCGAGAUCAGUGUCGGAGACCAGACCCUUCUAUGAUGAGGUAGAAGUGAAGGACUAUGCCACGGAAGUAGAGCAGCAGCCACAGAAUUGGCAGACGAAUGCACCACCGCCGGCGUGCAUGCAACCAAUGCAUCACAGGAGCGUGGCACGUUCUUCUGCUUCCUCUGGCAGGGCGGCUGCACAUCGUAGUCCCCGUCGAUCCUCCAGACACCAGGCAGCACAUCGGCAGGGUGGGGGUACGGCCGGUGCCAUAACCGCAGCCGCACUGGGACUGAGGGGCUUGGUCCAAGCCUUAGGCGGACCCAGAUACGCGAGGAAACCAUCGCCGGGCUCUGGCGCAUCUCCAGAUGGAGAGGCUACGACCAUAUCUUCGAUUGAGGCGGGCUUUCCUCGUCUAGUACCCAUGAAUUACUCAAAGGAGCAGCUUCCCUUCACGGUGGAUCCAGCAACAGAGCAUCGCGAGGCGGCAGCACCAACAGCGGCAAAUUCAGUCCGCAGCUAUGGCCUUGUGUCGGGCCGGGAGCAGCGAACCCGGACAUACCCCGUGCAGGAACGACCUUCGACCCUUCCGGCCCGUUCCAGCCGUUUCAAUAGCUACUCGAAGCCUCCACUGUCCAUGGACAACGAGCGGAGAACCCUGUCCCUGUUCGCUGUGCCCACAUCCAGCAGCAAUCUGGCGUGGCGAGCCGAGGCGACAGCCGCCAGACCGAUAACGAAAUCGAGAAUGCCAGGCGGUCAAGAGGAGCAACGCAUGCCGCCUCCAGUCUCGGUUCUCUCCGAUCUGGACUUUCACACACACUCCACAUCACACAACAGCAGCCUCUCCACAUCGGGAGGCUAUCAAGCACCGUCCCCGUCCAGGGCUCAGUCCGAGGCCGGAACCGCACCGCUGGCCGUAUUCCUGGACAACUUUCGAGCCAGAAAUGUACUGGUUCUGCCCGCCAAGUCCUGCCCUUCGUCCGAGAUACCGGCCCGCGGAAGCGGAAGGGAGAAGACGAAGGCGAAGGAUGAACAGGGACCCACUCAAGGAAAUCGCUGGUUUCCAGCUACACCGCUGGUCAUUCCGCCCACCUACAAUGCCCUGCUCGAGGAGCAGAUACUUCAGGAAUAUCUGCCCACGCCCAAAUGCAGGCGCUCCAGGUCUUGAAUGAUCCCACGAUCCCAAAGCAAUCAGUUCUCCGAGAAUCCAUAGCCAAAGCCAUAGCCAUAGCCACAGCCACAGAGUACCUCAUGUAUAGCCUGAAUCUGGAUCUGGAUCUCAGCUAAAACUCCACAAUGCUCGUUUCAAAUAAAAAACAAAUAAAUAGCGGCUGUUUCCUUCAAA